AUGGCAUUUUCUCCAACAAACCAGACAAUAUUUCUUAAGAACUCUAAAGGAGAAACAAUUCCAUUUUUAUUAUCGGAUUUCGAUGAAUUUUCACUCUCUAGAGCUCAAACGUCUAUGAUAUUUUCAGCACAAUGUGCAAUGAGCUUAUUAUUGGCACUUGUCCUUAUGUUGACAUCAAAAAGAGAAAAAAGAAAAACAUUGCUUUUCUUUUUAAACAUAGGUGGAUUAGUAACAGUAUUUAUAAGAGCAUGUCUUCAAUGUGCUUAUUUGUCAGGCACCUGGGUAAGCUAUAGUGUCCAAUUUCUUGGAGAAUUUGAAUUAUUGUCGCAAAAAGACUUUUAUAUAUCAAUUAUCGCAUCAUGUAUUCCAAUUUUUAUUAUUUUGUUCAUCGAACUUUCUCUUCUCAUUCAAAUUAGAGUAGUAUAUGCAACUGAUAAAAGAUUACAGAUACCAUUGACAAUAUUUUUUUCUAUAAUAAUAAUUAUCGUUAUAACCUUUUGGAUUUUAGCUGCUGUUCAAAACUCAAUGGCAGUUUUAUCUCAAACACAUUUUGGACAUAGCGGUGUAUGGGGCGCACCCUGGCCUUAUACAGUAGCACGCAUAUCUUUUGCUUUUAGUAUAUUUAUAGGAUGUAUUGUUUUUAUUUAUAAAUUGCUUAUCACCAUUUAUCGAAGACAUAAAAUGGGAGUCAAAGAAUUUGGACCAAUACAAAUUAUAUUUAUUAUGAGCUGUCAAACAUUGAUCAUCCCUGCCAUUCUCAUUCUUAUCGAUUUUGGAGUAAAAAUAACAGGUUUUAGCUCAUUAACUCAAGCGCUCGUCGUAAUGUCUUUACCUUUAUCUUCUCUUUGGGCAUCAUCUAAAGUCGAAAAAAAUAAAAACAACGUAACACCAACAUAUUAUAAAGAUAUGAAGAGCAUUGGAGAUUAUAGUAUUGAAAGCACACCGAGUUCAUUCACUAAACCAUCUUAUAUAGGGUUUAGAAAACCAUCGUAUUUCUCGGAAUAUUCUAAAAGUCCUUUCUAUGAUGAGUAUUUUGAUGAUAAUGGGUCUAAACUUGAUAUACUAGUGGAAAAAUCUCUAAAUGUGUUUCCAGAAAAGAAAUAGUUAGAAAGUUUUUAGCACGUUCA